GUAAGCAUCCAUGUGGUCAGAAUUUGAUUUGAACAACCCGGCGACUGUUUGUUCAAAUUUCCAAUCAUGACCUAAAAUAUUUCUUUGGCCUGUGUAGAGUAAUUGUUUAAAAGGAAAUUCUGAAGUGGAAAAUACGUAUCGACAACAUUUGAAUACAUUUGAUUGUCGAUCCAGGUUUAUAAUACGUUUAAUUUGCAUUGGCAAGUUCGAAGUUGCUGCAGAUUUCAUAGCAAAAACAAACGGAACGGAAACGAGUUUUGUUUUUAAAUUUUUUUUAAUAUAAUUAUAUCAGAAUGAAGAAAAUGUCAGCCUUUUCAGUUUUUUCCGGAAAGUCGAAAAGGACCAAAGCUAUGACAGAACUGGACCAAGGUAAAGAAACACCGGAUAUUGACGAGAACAAAAGUCGUGGGAAAUCUAAUUUACGUAGAGCAGACAGUACACCAACAGUUCCUGGGGAUUUAAAAAAAGAAUCUGGAACAAAAGGAAAAAAGAUUUUGAAAGUGUUAAAAGGAGGAAGUUUACGUAGUACAUUCCGAGGGAAAGGUCGUCCAUCUAUUUUACCAGAAGGCCAUGUUCCGAGUCCGUAUAUCGCGAAUGAUGCAGUAAGUAACGGUAUUGAGUUGACAGCACUAAAGAAAAAUGGCGACUUUGGAAGUAUAACCAGUAUGAUAUCAGUUGAUAAAAAGACUAAAAAUUCACCAAACAGAUCAAAAGAUGAUGAUAAAAUAAAAGGUAAAAGUCCAGCAUCUCCACGUAAUCAGAAAGGUAAAACACAGGUAACUCCACGAGUUACUCGUACAUCACCAACUAAACGUCACCUUGAAUCACCAGAUGUACCAUCAAAGAAAAAGAAAAAAGACGUACCUGAAGAACAAAUCGAGGAACCAGCAGAAGGUCCAUCAACAAAACCCGAAUUAGCUUCUCGAUUACCCUAUAUGUUUGACAGUUCUAAAGAAGCCAAGAAAUUAUUUGAAUGUAUUAUAAAUCCUGUUAAACUGGACAGAUUUUUCUCAGAAUUUUGGGAAAGGAAACCUCUACUUAUACAACGAUAUAAGCUGACGCCAUAUUAUAAUGAUGGUUGGUUUAGUACAGCGGAACUCGAUCAUAUCCUCCGACAGGAGAAUAUACAGUACAGUGUCAAUCUAGAUGUUACAUCAUACGAGAACGGUAAACGUGAAACACAUAACCCUAUAGGUCGAGCCUACGCACCUGUUGUUUGGGACUACUAUCAGAGUGGCUGUUCUCUGCGAUUACUUAAUCCACAGACGUACAGUAGAAGAGUAUGGAAAUUAUUAUCAGUAUUACAAGAAUAUUUUGGUUGUUGUGUUGGUGCCAACAUAUAUUUAACGCCACCCGGUACACAAGGUUUCGCACCACAUUACGAUGAUAUAGAAGCCUUUAUUCUACAACUAGAAGGAAGAAAAAACUGGAAAUUGUACGCCACAAGAACUGGAUCUGAAAAGUUACCAAGAUUUUCUAGUGAAAAUCUUAACGAAGCCGAUCUUGGAGAGCCGAUAUUGAACAGAGUUUUAGAAGCGGGGGAUUUGUUGUAUUUUCCAAGAGGGACGAUCCAUCAAGCUUCGGCACUCGAAGAUUCACAUUCCCUACAUAUAACUGUUUCAUGCUACCAGAAAAACAGCUGGUUUGACUUCUUUGAAAAGUUAUUACCAAGAGCCCUACAGAAUGAACCUUUAUAUUAUAUUAUAUUGUUUUAG